UAUCUGGCAGCCUCAUUUACGACGAAUCACGGGUGCCAUAUGCGAGUGCCAACACAUCACGCAGCCCAAAGGUUGGGCAACAUCGAAGCGGCGUGUAAGCUUCCCCAGCAAGUGAAAUACUGAAUUAUCAAUACGAGGCUUUCGAAUGACCAAAGUCUUGAUACCCGACUACUCCUUUGCUUGCAGUUCAAAUGGCUUCAGGUGCCCAUGCCUUUUCAGCUUGACCAGUUGAGACCACGAGGCAGCCGGAAACUCGACCUCUGAUUCAUCUCUUUUGCAAAACCCAUCACUAUUUACCAUACUAUCGUGGCUAUGGCAGCAACUACUUGUUCCGUCAGCGGCAUCGAGAACCUUCUUGGGAGGGUAGGACUGGAUACACCAAUCCCGGAGUUCCCUGGCGCAGACAUUGUGCACAAUCCACAGGACAUCUUUCGAGUCUAUCUUGCCGAUACGCUCGAAAAGCUCCUUCACUGUGAUCGGAUGGUUGCCUAUGAUGCCAUACAGACCUCUAACGUCACGGGAAUGGGCGACCUUGUAAUUGUUGCUCCAAGGCUUAGACUCAAAGAUGUCAGACCUGAAGACUUGGUGAAAGAUCUUCUUCAGAGAUUACCAAGAACACCACCCUUUGGAUGCCCCCUACGUGACGGCAUUCGCUUGCAAGUGUAUUUCUCGCCCAAUACUCUCCCUCGCCUCUUGCUGUCAUACAUCAGUGACAGGAGUGCCUCGUACGGUUAUGACACAUCACUCGGUCUGUCUGAUCCUGCUUCACCCGAUGGAUCGAAGAAGAAAGUCAUCGUGGAAUACUCGUCCCCGAAUAUGGCGAGCGAGUUUCAGGUGUCGCAUUUACGUAGCACCCUGACUGGCACAUACAUCGCAAAUAUUUAUGCCAGCAUGGGAUGGGAUGUUGUGAAGAUGAACUACCUCGGGGAUUGGGGAAAACAGAUUGGUCUUCUUGCAGCUGGCUGGGAGAGGUUCGGUUCAGAAGAUGAGUUUGCUAAGCAACCACUUCGCCACCUCCUUGAAGUAAACCACAAGAUCCAGGAUCUCUUCAAGCCAGAGAUGGAAGAAUGCAAGAUUGCAAAAGCUAAAGGACAAGACGUCACCGAGAUGGAGUCACAGGGCUUGUAUGCUGAGCGAGACAUCUUCUUCAAGAAAAUGGAGGACAAGGAACCAGGCGCGAUCGCGGUAUGGCAACGGUUUCGUGAUGCUACCGUCAGAGACUACACCGAUUCGUAUGCACAACUCGGAGUAACGUUUGAUGAAUACUCUGGGGAGUCGCAGGUGACCGCCGAGUCUAUCGCCGAAGUGGAACAGCUCUUGAAGGACAAGGGCAUAUACGAAGAGCACGAAGACUCGUGGAAAAUCGACUUUUCAAAACACGACGCAAAAGGACUCUCACUUGCGGUACUACGAUACCGAAACGGGACGACUUCUUACUUGCUACGCGAUCUUGCUGCAGUGUUUGAUCGAUAUAAGAAGCACAAAUUCGACAAGAUGAUCUAUGUCGUUGCGAUGGAGCAAGAAAUGCACUUUCACCGGGUUACCAAGACUCUUGAGCUCAUGGGAAGACAAGAUCUUGCCGACCGUAUUCAGCAUAUACCCUUUGCCAAGAUCAAUGGGCUUCCAGAGGAGCUGAAGGGGGCAGCGUUACUGAGUGACUACAUCGAUGGAUGCCGCUCGAUGGUGCGUACUGGUCUUGAUGAGGAUGACGAAGAAGCGUCCUAUGUGGACAAGUCUGAGAAUUCAGUGAGACAACUCAGUCUUGCUGGUCUUUUCAUCCAGGAUCAUUAUCACAAGAGAACUACAUCAUAUGCGAUCGAUCCCAAGAAGAUGAUAUCUCUUGAAGGAGAGACAGGUGCGGCCAUCCAAAACUGCUACGCCAGAUUAUUGAAAAAGCUACAAUCUGGUCCAAGCAGCUUCGAUUACACGACGCUUGACCAUGCUUCAUUGGAAGAGGAGGACUAUGCUGAGCUUCUACGGAUCCUAUUACAGUAUCCGGAUGCAGUGCAUGGUUCCUUCAGAACUCUUGAACCAUCGUUUAUUGUUGUAUACUUGUUACGAAUUGCUGAUCAACUGACAGCCACGCUUGACGACGAUGAUGAGAAAGAUUGGACCGGUCUUGACACAGCUAGUGAGGCGAGAUAUGCUCUCUAUGAGAACGCAAGACAGGUGUUUGAGAAUGCGUUGAGACUUCUUGGUGUGUCACCAUGGAGUCUAUGAGAAGUCCAAGACAAUUCAGGCUGUUGUUAUCAAUUGUGGUCUUUAUGUUUCUGAUCUUUUGCCUAUCCUUUUCUAUUAGGUCCUGCAAGUUUGGCGUUUGUUAUGAGGUUGCCCUCCAGAUUGGAUCUGUCUGGUUUAGACAUUGCUUCUCUGUUCAGUGAAAUAUGUGAUGAAUAACAAAGACCUGCUGGGGCAACAACUACACAAGUGAUCGUAGGAUCAACAUAAGUCCUUGAACAAAGAAGAGUGUCUGACAACUUGUUGUGUUGUUUAGGUAUCAAAUGACAUCUAGUUUUCUCAUGUCUAUCCUUUGUGUUAAACCAAAAUCACCUACUAUGCAAAAAGCUCAUGAUGAAGAGAAUCUUCUAG